UCUUCCUCCUCUCCUGCCCUUUCUGUUCGCCUCUCAUUUCCCUGUACCUUUCUUCCUCUUCCGUUUCCCGAGCGCUCCGCACGGCUCAGCUAGGCUACUUGCCUUCAGCUAUCCGGUUGGUAGAUUUUAUUAAAGCCUUCCUUACCACCUAGAUCUUGCCGAUACAAAAUUCGCCACCAUGCCGGCCACGGCGGGCCGAGUUCGCAUGCCGGCGAACAACAGGGUGCACAGCAGCGCAGCCCUGCAGACGCACGGAAUCUGGCAGAGCGCUAUUGGCUACGAUCCUUACGCUCCCGACGAGAAGAAAGCGGGGGCCGAAGGCGAGGAUAACGCGUACGACAGCUUCCAGGGAUUGCUGCAGCUUGCGAAAUUGACGGGAUCUGGAGCGGACGCGGCUCGCGGUUCGUGCAAGAAGUGUCACCGCGUCGGACAUUUGACGUUUCAGUGCCGGAAUUUUCUGACGGCGAAGGAAGACGUUAACGUUCCGGCGGAACUUGCCGGCGGGUUGGCCGGCCAGAGACGACCCGGGAUGGAGGUUGCGGAAGAGGAGAGUGACGUGUCUCUUAGCGAGGAUGACGGUGACGGGGAUUUGGCGGAGGCUGCCCGUUCGCGUGGUCUGAUACCUUCUAAAGCGCGGGAUGGGGAUUCAGAGAUUAUGGAGAAAAAGAGGAGCGGUUUAAAGAAGAAAGACAAGAAGAAGAAGAAGGAGAAGAGAAAGAAAAGCAGCAGCAGCAGGAGAAGGAAGUCGAAUCGAUCGGAUUCUUCGGACGAUUCGUUAUCCGACGACUCGUUAUCGGAUAGUGACGACGAUUCGAUAUCUUCGGACGACGACAGGCGGAGAAGGAAGAAGGGAAAAAAGGACCGGAAGCGGAGCAGCAAGAGCAGCAGGAGCAAGAAGGUUUCACGCAAACACCGGAGGCGGAAGGACGACAGUGAGAGUGAGAGCGAAGCGAGCAGUGAGAGCGAGAGUGAGGAGUUGUCUGACGACAGCGACAGCAGCGGAGGGGCGAGGAGGAAGAGGAAGCGGAAGGACAAGGAGGGGAAGAAGAAGAAGCGGCGAGCCAGGGACUGACCUGCCAGCGUGACUUUUGGGUUGACUCAAAAGUGAGAGUGAGAGUGAGGUGACGGACGACAGUGACAGCAGCGGAGGGGCGAGGAGGAAGAGGAAGAAGAGAUCAUACAAGGACUGACUGGCCUCAGUGUGCUUUCAGCUUUCCGGAUCAUUCGUCCUCCUUUCUGUUUCUAUGGUUUCUCCUAGCAUGUGGUGUUUUGGCGGUGGGGUUUCCCAGCCAGACCAUACCGUAACUCUUCUGAAGAUAGGUUGUGAUGGAAGGUUGCCCAACUAAGGAAUGAUCCCUUGCGACUGCUAACCUUCGCACCACAUCCGUGCCAUCACUCUAUGACUUGAACCGGUAACUGAUAUGCGAGACUCUGCCAUCCAGUCA